GUGAAGCGGCUGCGCAUGCGCGGUCGCCCUCCCCCCGGCCCCCCCCCAGCCAUGGCGGGCCGGGGCCGGGGUCGCGGGCAGAUGACCUUCAACGUGGAGGCGGUGGGCAUCGGGAAGGGGGACGCGCUGCCCCCCCCCACCCUCCAGCCCUCCCCCCUCUUCCCGCCCCUGGAGCACCGGGCGGCCCCGCUGCCGGGUGGGGAGGAGGGGGAGUACAUGCUGGCACUGAAGCAGGAGCUGCGGGGGGCCAUGAAGAACCUCCCCUACUUCAUCAAACCUGGGGCACCCCGGAGAGAUAUUGAGCGCUACUCGGACAAGUACCAGAUCUCCAGCCCUGUCGACAGCGCCAUCGACUGGAACCCAGACUGGAGGCGGCUGCCGCGGGAGCUGAAGAUCCGGGUGCGGCGGCUGCGGAAAGGCAGAACCACCAUCCUCAUCCCCAAGUGCAAGCAGCGGGUCGCGCUCGACAAGGAGGAGACCAUUAAGAAGCUGGAGAGCCUGGAGAAGAAGGAGGAGGAGGUGACGUCGGAGGAGGAAGAGGAGAAGGAGGAGGAAGAAGAAGGGAAGGAAGAAGAGGAAGAGGAGUAUGAUGAAGAGGAGCACGAAGAGGAGACUGACUACAUCAUGUCCUACUUCGACAACGGGGAGGACUUUGGCGCCGACAGCGAUGACAACAUGGAUGAGGCGGUCUACUGAGUCCCCCCCGGGACAUCGGGGUCCCCUGUCACCAGCCCCCCCCCCCACCCCGGGAUGCCAGGAUCCCCAAUCACCAGCCGCCCACUCCCAGGACACCAGGGUCCCCUGUCACCAGCCCCUCCAGGACACUGGCAUCCCCUGUCACCAGCCCCCACCCCCCCCAGGACAUGGGGGUC